AUGUUCGUGGAAGAAGAGUUUCUGUACACCUCAUCGUCUUCUCGCAUCCGUCAUCUCAAGGAAGCACUCGAGCCCCCUCAACCGUCAUCUCAACCGACUGCUUCGUCGACGUCCGCUCAGCCACACCUCCCAGAUAUUCCUCUUCCGGUCUUCUCAGGCGACUACUCUAGUUGGCCAGGAUUCAAGGACCUCUUCCAGUCCCUCGUCAUCCAGAACUCCUCAAUAUCGGAUGUCGAACGCCCCCACUAUCUACGCUCAUCUCUUCAGUCCACGCCUCUUAAGCUCAUCUCUGGCUUAGCCCUCACUGGCGCCUCGUUUCCCAUAGCUUGGAACAGACUCCUCUCUCAAUAUGAGAACAAACGUCUUCUCUUGGCAGCUCUUUGCGACAAGAUCUUCUCAACGCCUCAAUGCUCUCCUCAAAAAAAUCCUCGUCUUUACUACAAGACACUCCUCACCAACCUUGUAGAAGCUCUACAAGGUUUGACCGCUCUCGGCCAGUCACUGGAUUCAUGCGACUUUCUGCUGGUCUACGUGAUCACCAAACAUCUCGACCGCUGA